AUGACCAACAUCUCUUCUCCAAUAAUGCUUUCUGGACCCCUCACUCCUCCCUACCCAUCAGGCUCGCCGACAAUGACAAAGGAGAUUUCCUCAGUAGUAACUGCAAUCCAUGUAAUGUCCACUGAACGCGCCGCUCUCGCGCACCUGGAGCAUCUCUAUCAGACAAAUACGCGUGCGCAACAGGAUCUAGCGCGCGCCGUAGAUCAGAUUGCGCGUAGCGUUCAAAACGCCGGCAAGCUGGUUAUAUGCGGGGUGGGAAAGAGUGGGAAGAUUGGACGAAAGAUCGAAGCGACAAUGAACAGUCUGGGCAUCUACAGCGCGUUUCUUCACCCGACUGAGGCGCUGCAUGGAGAUCUAGGUUUAAUUCGACCGAACGACACCAUCCUUCUGAUCUCGUUUUCGGGUCGCUCGCCAGAGCUUCUUACUCUGCUCCCUCACAUUCCUUUGACCGUUCCUAUCAUCGCCUUGUCAUCACAUACUGAACCUGCAUCAUGUCCGUUGCUCUCUUUACACGGUCCGAUGGGUUUGGGUAUUCUUCUUCAAGCUCCAAUCCAUGAAGAAGAGGAAGCUUCUCUCGGUGUGAGCGCCCCGACUUCUUCUACCACAGUAGCUCUCUGUCUGGGUGAUGCAUUGGCCAUUGCCGCUGCCCGAAAAUUACACACAGCCCCGGGAAAGGGCCCUGCCGACGUCUUUCGCAACCACCAUCCCGGCGGUGCGAUUGGUGCAGCAGCCAUGGCCACGACCCCGGCAUCGAGCACUUUCUCACCUCCGACCAACUCACCUUCGUCUACCAGCUCGUUUUCUCUUGCCUGGGACGAUAUUGUGAGUGGUGCAUCAAUCCCCCCACUGACACUUCUACCUUCUUCGGACAAUGGUCGGAUUCCUUCAACUAUACUCGUGCCUUUCAACCAAAUACCCACUGCUGCACCUUCUACAAAAAACGAUAUUCGGUUACUUGAUCUUCUUCUUACAGCCAUUCAGCAUCCCAAUGCUAAAUCAUGGGCCUUUCUUUCUCCCGAUCAAAUUAUUCCUCCACGACGUAUUCUCUCUUUUCUUUCGCGAAAGACUAACGUUGAUAUGCUGUUAUCGGAUGCUUUAAUCAAUGAUUCGGGCCCUCCACUUGCCGUUCCUUCUUCUAAAUGGUUCGCGGUGCCCGAGUUGACUCCGCUUACUGAACUGCGUCAUCUCGUCUCUGUAUCGCGCGCUGGUUCUGACCCCAUAUCUGUCAUCGCCGUGAUGAAGGACAUGACAGACAACAUUUGCCUCGGUUUCAUCGAGGCGGAAGACUUGUGGGGCGAGUAA